UGCUGAGGGCAGCCCCGCAGCCGGGGCCUGGUGCAGCCGCCGCCGCCGCCGCUGCCGCUGCCACCGCCGCCGCCGCUGCUGUCAGGGAAGCGGAGGCGGCCGAUGGAGUCCGGGAGCGGCUGCUGCUGCUGCUGAGGCGGCGGCGCCGGGGGCCCAACACCGACCCCACACCUCGUCUCCUCCGCUGGGGUCCCCGGAGCUCCUUCAGGAAUAGGGCAGGGUGUCAUGAGAGCAAACAAACAAGAGGACGGUGCAAAGCCAAAGCCUGAGAGUCAUUAUUCUAGCGUGGUUUUCUCUUAACCCGGCCUGGCAUGGUUUCCGAUGGCCACCAGAGAGUUUACAGUCUAAAAGGGCAGCUUGGAAGUGCUGUGUCCGGCUGUGGCCAUGGGAGACACGGCCGUGGAGCCAGUCCCGCUGAACGCCUCUUCAGAGCCCACUCCAAGCCCACCAGGAAAUAAUGGGAGUGCCCUUCUCAGUGUCAUCACUGAGGGGGUUGGGGAGCUGGCAGUCAUUGACCCAGAGGUGGCCCAAAAGGCCUGCGAAGAGGUGUUGGAGAAAGUAAAACUUUUGCAUGGGGGUGCAACUAGCUCCCCAGAGGGGCCCACCCUCGAGCUUGUCAAUGGGGACAGCACAGGCAAUGAACUUCGAUGCCUGGAUGAGCCACCCAGCCGCAUCCAAGAGGAGGAUGAGGUGGGGACCUCCAGCUCAGCUAAGGGGGCGAGGAGGAGGCGGCAAAACAACUCAGCCAAGCAGUCGUGGCUGUUGAGGCUGUUUGAGUCAAAGCUGUUUGACAUCUCCAUGGCCAUCUCGUACCUGUACAACUCCAAGGAGCCUGGCGUUCAGGCUUACAUAGGCAAUCGGCUCUUCUGUUUCCGCAAUGAAGAUGUUGACUUCUAUCUGCCCCAGCUGCUAAACAUGUACAUCCACAUGGAUGAAGAUGUGGGGGAUGCCAUCAAGCCCUACAUUGUGCACCGCUGUCGCCAGAGCAUUAAUUUUUCCCUCCAGUGUGCCCUACUUCUUGGGGCCUACUCUUCAGACAUGCACAUCUCCACCCAGCGACACUCCCGUGGGACCAAGCUCCGCAAGCUCAUUCUUUCGGAUGAGCUGAAGCCAGCUCAUCGAAAGAGGGAGCUGCCCUCCCUGAGCCCAGCUCCUGACACAGGGUUGUCACCCUCCAAAAGGACUCACCAGCGCUCUAAAUCAGACGCCACUGCCAGCAUCAGCCUCAGCAGCAAUUUGAAACGCACGGCCAGCAAUCCCAAAGUGGAGAAUGAGGAGGAGGAACUCUCCUCCAGUACCGAGAGUGUUGAUAAAUCAUUCAGUUCCCCGGUCAGACUGGCUCCUGAGCGAGAAUUCAUCAAAUCUCUGAUGGCAAUUGGCAAGCGACUGGCGACGCUGCCCACCAAGGAGCAGAAGACCCAGAGGCUGAUCUCUGAACUGUCUCUCCUCAACCACAAGCUCCCAGCCCGAGUCUGGCUGCCGACUGCUGGCUUCGACCACCAUGUGGUUCGGGUACCCCACACCCAGGCCGUUGUCCUCAAUUCUAAGGAUAAGGCACCCUAUCUUAUUUAUGUAGAAGUCCUUGAGUGUGAAAACUUUGACACCACCAGCGUCCCAACGAGGAUCCCCGAAAACCGGAUCCGCAGUACUCGGUCGGUGGAAAACCUUCCCGAAUGUGGCAUCACCCAUGAGCAGCGGGCAGGCAGCUUCAGCACCGUCCCCAACUACGACAACGAUGAUGAAGCCUGGUCUGUGGAUGACAUAGGAGAGCUCCAAGUGGAGCUCCCCGAAGUACACGCCAACAGCUGUGACAACAUCUCCCAGUUCUCUGUGGAUAGUAUCACCAGCCAAGAGAGCAAGGAGCCCGUGUUCAUUGCGGCAGGAGAUAUCCGACGGCGCCUCUCAGAACAGCUAGCCCACACCCCUACUGCCUUUAAACGGGACCCAGAGGAUCCAUCAGCGGUUGCCCUCAAAGAGCCCUGGCAGGAGAAAGUCAGGCGGAUCCGAGAGGGCUCCCCCUAUGGCCACCUGCCUAACUGGAGGCUCCUCUCCGUCAUUGUCAAGUGUGGGGAUGACCUUCGACAGGAGCUCUUAGCUUUCCAGGUGUUGAAACAACUGCAGUCCAUCUGGGAGCAGGAACGGGUGCCUCUUUGGAUCAAGCCCUACAAGAUUCUGGUGAUUUCUGCGGACAGCGGCAUGAUAGAGCCCGUGGUCAAUGCUGUGUCCAUCCAUCAGGUGAAGAAGCAGUCACAGCUCUCGCUGCUCGAUUACUUCCUGCAGGAGCAUGGCAGCUACACCACCGAAGCGUUCCUCAGCGCCCAGCGCAACUUUGUACAAAGUUGUGCUGGUUACUGUCUUGUGUGCUACCUGCUCCAGGUCAAAGACAGGCACAAUGGGAAUAUCCUUCUAGAUGCAGAUGGUCACAUCAUCCACAUUGACUUCGGCUUCAUCCUGUCCAGCUCCCCUCGCAACCUGGGCUUUGAGACUUCAGCAUUUAAGCUGACCACAGAGUUUGUGGAUGUGAUGGGAGGGCUAGACGGUGACAUGUUUAACUACUACAAGAUGCUGAUGCUGCAGGGGCUCAUCGCUGCCCGAAAACACAUGGACAAGGUGGUGCAGAUCGUGGAGAUCAUGCAACAAGGCUCCCAGCUGCCCUGCUUCCAUGGUUCUAGCACCAUCCGCAACCUAAAGGAACGUUUCCACAUGAGCAUGACGGAGGAACAGCUGCAGCUGCUGGUAGAGCAGAUGGUGGACGGCAGCAUGCGCUCCAUCACCACCAAACUCUAUGAUGGCUUCCAGUACCUCACCAAUGGCAUCAUGUGACAGCCUGCCACCAGCCCCAGGGAGCAGUGGGAGGGAAAUGGGAGACUCCCUGGAAGGGUCUGCGUCCACCCAAGGGAGUCGAAUGAGGAGAGAGCGCUACCCAGGAUCAUGUGGUAACAAGGAGCUUGCCCCUGGGGCGAGAGGAGUGUGUGGGGAGGAACCCCAUUACUGUGACAGUAUUACCACCUGACAGGCUCCCCAAUGGACAUGAUGAGUUGGGUGGGGAGGGAAGGGGACCUUUCUGGGGUCACUGGUUUUCCUUGCCCUCCUCCAAUCUGUUCUGGGCCACAGGGAGAGGGAGAUUUUUGGAACAUGGGGACUAGCCAUAACAUUGUCCCAUUGGCCGCUCUCCCACCUCCACCCUGUCCCUGGAGGAGGAUCGGAUUCUAGUGUCCGUCCCCCCCCCCAUCACAGAAGCCUCCUUCCAUGAUGUAUGGGGCCAGUCCCCAUUCUGCCCCAAGCCCAAGGGGGUGGGAAUACUUGUGUCUGUUCUGACCCCACUCCCUCUGGCCUAGAGAAAAUGCUCUCGAUUUUUUAUUUUUUUUGGUUUGAAAUAAAGUCCUUAGCCACCUACCUUCUCACUGAACUUGGUCAGAGUACAGAAGCUGGGGCAUCGAAGUUGAAGGCCCUCAAAAAGCCCUUGUCCCCUCCGUGCCGAGCCCAAGACGCAUAAAGUAGAAGCUGGAGUCAGGAUUAAACCACUAGCAGUUUUAAUGGACCGAGUGCUCCCCUCCCCUCUCAUUGUUAAUAUCAUUAAUUAUUCUUAUUACUACAAGAAUAAAGGAUUCCUGAGUACCU